GAUUUUUAGACUUUUCCCCAAAUUUGGAGCUAUCAAUGUGUCCAGGAGUGUUUUCCAGGAGCCAUAACUCACGUUCCGUCCGAAGCUCACGUCGCUCCUGCCGAGAAAGCCAUCAUGCUGAUGGAGUCUCCCCUUCCAUUAUUGGCCAUCAGACCUUCCCCAGCUACUCUCUCUCUCGCUGCCUCUCCAUGUCUCGGCUCCGGAUGUGGGAGCUCUGAGCACGCUUUUUGGGGGAUAUUCGCGUACACCUCAGUCCGAGGUUGAGCUUCUCCAUGAGCACACUCAAGUCACUGUCGCGCUUUUGGGUGUACCAGUAAUAAUUUUAUUUUUUGGUUUUAUACCUUUGGUUUCUUGUUUUACUUUCACACACCAAAGUGAAUUUAUUCAGCACCUCACCUGGCGAGCUCAGUUUAUCUCAUUUCUCAUCUUCAUCUUGAACCAGUGACCAGUUUUUGGCCAAGAGACAAAUAACCACAGCACUGUGAUAAAAGACAAUAAUACCAUUUAAGUAGAGUAUUUCAACAAGGCAGUUGUGUGAAGAAUUGAGGAGUGUUUUUCUCGCCGAAAACUUUUAAUGGAAAUAUUCCACUGAGUGAACGAAAAAAAAAUCGUGAAAUAGUUUUUUUUUUAAAAAAAAGGUGGAAAUUUUUUGGCAUAAUAUUGAGUGAAAGUAAUUUGAGAGGCAACAAAAUAGGAGAGAGAUAAAUUGUUUUAAAAGUGAUUUUUUGCAUGGAAUAAAAUUACAAGUGACACCUGGAGCCAAGAGCUUGCGACAGGACUUCAGUGGGUGGGCAGAGACACCCCCUCAAAAGGCGAAGGAUUACGUGGACGUCCGCCAUUUUGGGUGCUCCAUCAUGGCCCUAACCCCACGACCCCAUCCAAUUGGGGGCCAACACCUCAGCCUGACUUUGCUCAUCGUGGCUUUCUGCUGCACCAACGCCUUUCCGUACCAUGUCUAUAGAAAACCUCAUUCGCGUGCACCACCGGAACCAUACUACGGCCGCCUAAUAGGACAACUAACUGAAUUUGCCCAUGGCAUUAAGGGUACAGUUUAUGCAGUGGAUGAGUCGACGAUCUUCAUCAAAGGAUUUGCAUACGAUGGACUAGGUCCGGAUGCAUACUUUUGGGUGGGAAAUUCUCCACGUCCCAGUCCAGAGGGUUACAUCAUUCCCUAUCCUGAGGAUUACGCUGGCAGGGAUCCACCCAUUUUGCAGGCGCACAAUAAUACCGACAUCAUUCUCCGACUACCCAUGGGCAAGAGAAUUCGAGACAUUCGGUGGCUUUCUGUGUGGUGUAGGAGAUUUACGGUGGACUUUGGGGAGGUAUUUAUUCCACCUGGACUUGAAGUGCCAAAGCCUCGUGUCCUUCCGGAAUUCAAGCGAUUGGCCCAUGGUUUGAGGAGCAGCAACAUCAGCGUUCUCGAUGCCAAGACAUUCUACAUUCCCAACCUUCACUACGACGGAGCCGGUCCGGAUGCCUAUUUCUGGGUGGGAAAUGGCACUGAGCCCAACAUCAUGGGUAUUAAGGUGCCCAACGAGAUGGGAUCUCUCGAGCCACUCAGAGGUUACCAGGGGGAAGAUAUUGAAAUUCAAUUGCCUGGAAAUCUCACUGUCUACGACAUUGACUGGUUGGCUGUUUGGUGUGUGGAAUACCGCCAUAAUUUCGGCCAUGUCUACAUCCCUACAGAUCUCGAUGUUCCUCCGGCUCUUGGACAAACCAAAAUCCCGCCGCCCUGGUGGUACAAACCAACAACAACAACGGCCAAACCGCAACACAAUAAUUGCCGAGAAAUGCUCGGUGGAAGAUUGCAGGUGAAGUGGGAGAUUCAGGGAGACAAUGUCAUAGUGGAUUUGUAUGGGAGAAUCCGGGAGGAUCAGUAUAUGGCAUUUGGAUUGUCGGGAGUCCAAGGAAAGUCCCAGAUGAUUGGUGGUGAUGUCGUUGUUGCAUUCUACGACACGAAGAAACGUAUCUUCUGGGCAGAGGAUUACUACAUGUCGCAUCUGUCUCAGUGCGAUGGGAAGCAUGGGGUAUGCCCGGAUAAAAGAAUUGGAGGCCGAAAUGAUGUUAUGGUGAUUUCUGGGGAUAGGAAAAACGGAGUGACGAGUGUGAGAUACUCAAGACCGCUGCAGACGAAUGAGCCCAUUAAUGAUAGGCCUAUUCCCGUUGAUCGAGAAAUUUCUGUGAUUGGAGCUAUAGGACCACUGAAUUCGGAGAAAGAAGCAAACGCACAUCUUCACAAUGGCAUGGAUGCCACAAUAGAAGACAUCCAGAUAAACUUCUCCUCCAAGAAUGACCACUCCUGUGUGGCAUCAAUCUAUGAAUUCAAGGAGGAGAGUGACCUCAAACCCUGGCCACCAAUGAAAAUUGUCGGUGAUACAGAGAUUCGCGCACGAAUUGGACCAACAGGCGGCAAAAGGGGCUACACACCCAUCACGAAAAAUCCCUCAUGGGGAAUCGCGUGGUACUUGAAUGAUAUGCUCAUUCCCGAAUUAACGGUGGAACGGGGCAAAACCUAUACGUUCAUCAUUGAGGGUGGUGAUGAACCAGCACAACCUGCCCGCUACCAUCCUCUCUAUAUUUGCAAUUCGCCAGAAGGUGGCUAUGGGCAAUUGACGGCAGCAGAGCAGAACAAACAGACCGUCUAUGCUGGAGUGGAAACCGAUCCGGAGGGAUACAAAAUUCCCACUGGAGUUGGUCGCUACUGUGAAUGGAAGCACAAGACCGUUGAUAAGUCUGCUGAUAGUGAAACCUUUGAGGCCUACAAGGAAACAUUGUAUCUAGACUGUGAGAAUAACAAAGAACCUGGCUAUCUCAAUUGGACAGUCGCUCAGGAUACUCCCGAUUUGGUGUAUUAUCAGUGCUACACCCACAAGAAUCUCGGAUGGAAAAUCCAUGUGGUUAAUCAAUUACCACACAGUCACAGCACAAAAUUGCAAGUAUCCAAUGCAAUCUAUUUGGUUGCAUUUGGUGCGAUUUACAAGAUUGUUUCUGAAAUGAUGUCAAAUUACAAAUAUGCCUGAUAGUUAAAAUAUUCCCAGUAUUACCUGAAAUGCCUUUUCAAUUCAGUGUUAAUUGACUAAGGCAAAGAAUAAAAUCAACAACCAGGCGAUAUCGUAUCAAAACAUAUCUAAAACAAAAAUGCAUGAAAGUGCUCUGAAUGACUGUGUGCGAAUAUAUAAUUAGUAAAAUCUUUACGAAGAGACAAGUUGUAGGUUUUAGGACGUGGGAAGUUUUUGAAAUACGACAAAACAAAAUUAUAAAUAAUUAAAAGAAAAAUGACGGUUUUUAAAGAAAUGAUCAAAUAAACAUAUCGUUUAUCAAAAGCUUCCUAAACACUUUUUGCAAAUAAAAAUAUUUAGAGAUAUUUGAAUGGACAAUUUUAAUGGUGAAGAUGCAUUCAACACAUUUUGUUGGAUGAUUUUGUGAGUAUUUCAAGAAAAUAAUGACAAUAAAUUGUAAUUAAGUAAAUCAGUGACAAUAAUUUUACUGAAUACUAAGAAAAAAAAAACAGAAAAUAAAAUAUUUGGUGAAUGCUGAAAGAAGAUUGAUUGGAAAACUUUGUAAGAGAAAAACUAUUUAGACUGUAUAAUAAAAAGAAAAAAAAACUAAUCUCUAUUUAGGUCAAUAUUUCAGUAAUUUUAAGAAGAUAAACUAUGCACCGAAAUCUAAUCUUGAUAGAGAGAACUCUCGCAAAAGCUUUUUAAAUUAAUUACCUUCGACUUAUUCUGAUGAGACAGGAUUAAAAGACAAUAAACUUUUGUGAAAAAAAAAGAAAAAUAAUGUGAGAAACCUACAAUGAACAAUUAUCAUUGAUAGAUGGAUAAUUUUAUUAGCUGUUGUUACAAAAUUAAAUGUUAUUUAUGUGGUGCAGGACUUUUAGGACUAUAGUAAAAUUUUAAAAGAGACAUAAUUAUUUUUUACACUAAAAAUUAUGUUGAUUGCAACCAAUUUAAGAAGGUUACUUACCCUAAAUGCAUCGUAUUUAUUUGGUUAAGGAUGAAAAAAAUAAAGUUUUGCAAUGUUUCUUUUAGAAUGCUCAGAACACGGAAUUUAUUUUACUGAUUUGAUAUUUUUAAAGAAUACUUUAAGGGUAAAUAAAUUAUAAAAAUGAUAAAAUAUCCGAGUUUUUGUCACAUUUUAUAGGUUUUGUUAUUUUCUCUCUUCGAUUAAAUUUUUGAUCUUAGAAAAUGUAGCAAGAAGUGAUUAAAUGCGCUAUUAACAAUACUCACUCAAACGGCGAUAUGGCAAUUUAAUUUGGUAAUUAUUAUGGUAAUUUAAUUUUUGCGAUUUUGUGUUCUAUAAAAAACUAAAAUCCCUUGAAUGUCCUUUUUCUGUAAUUUUGUAUGUUUUCCAGUUUUAAAAAAUCACAAAAUGCAAUGGAAAUUUUAUUGCUAGGGGAGACUGGGGCAAAAAGUCACAAAACGGAUAUUUAAUUUUUUUUACAAGCUACCAUAGCGCCCCAGAAACUUCUAAUUAGCACAGUUUUAUGGGAAAUUUACCGCUCUACAACUCUGUGAAAGUCAUUUUCUUCUAUUUUGAAAGGAAAUAUAUUUAUCGAGCCGUUUUUUAAAAGGUAAUUUUGUGACCACUCUCAAAAAUGCUGGGGCAAAUAGUACCAGUCAUGAGAUACUAUCACAUUUGGUUUCGCUUUAUUACGGGAUUCCGUAAAUUUAAGUAAAAUACCAAGAUUACAUAUUUUCAUAGGAAAUUUAUUCUUCUACACCUUUGUAAAACAAAGUAUUCUCUAUCUGAGCGAAAAAAGCGCAUUACAAGCUAUUUUACAAAAAAAAACACACAAAACACUACAAAUCGUUUGACCAAUGCAAACAAUUAUUUUCACCGUGGGACAUCAGAAAUUGUUUCGGUUUUUGUUACUUUUUGCUCCAUAGCUUUUGUUACUUUUUACCCCAAGUGGUCGUUUUUAAUAAAAGGAUUUCUGGAGAAAAGAAUCUUUGUAAAAUUCUAAAAUAGAUAUCUGAUUCGUAUUCAAAGAAUAUCCAGGUCAUUUGGGAAAUAUUCACCAGUGCAUCAAAUUUAAAAUAAGUAGCUAAUAUUUGAUAUCUCCUGCACGGAAAAUAUUUCAAAAAUAGGGCUAAAAGUUUCGAUAUUUUUUAUUUUCAAAAUUCCUUGUUCAAAUUUUAACAAACCUACGACAUUAAAGAAGACCUAUGGAGGCUGUCUAUGGAAAAAAAUUCAAGCCGCUAUUUUAUUUACCUUGAAAGAUAUUGUAUUUUGAAAUUUUCGAUUUGUAACUUUUUGCCCCAGUUUCCCCUAUUAUUUUAAUUUAUUUUCAAAAGACUUGCUUUAAAUAUAAAUUAUUGAAUAUAUCAAUAUUGUGAAAUAAAAGGAAUUUGUUGCAGAAGUUAAUAAUAAUACGAUAAUUUUGAGGAAAUAUCGGAGAAAAAUAGUUCUACUUCAGACUCCACGAAAAACUUUCAUCACAUAACUUCAAAUUUUACAUUUUGAAUUCAACCGUCGUUUAAAUUUGAGGAACUCGACUGUAGGGGGAGGUGGGGCUACAUUGUUAUACGAUUUUUUCUCAUAUUUCUAAUGACAACUGAGUAUUAAGAUGAUGCUAUUUGGAUACACAAAAUAAUUCUGGAUCUGAAUAAAAUAAUUGUAAGGCCCAGCUCCAUUUAGAAGUAGGCGAAAAAGUCGUAUAACAAUCUAGCCCCACAGCUCAAAGUAGCCCCACCUCCCCCUAUAUACAAUGUUUUAAGGGGUAACAUCUACCAGAACGUUCAAAAUUACCGAAUUUUUGUGAAUUAUUUGUGACUCUGCCAGUGAAUCGAUCAAAAUGAAAUUUUCGGGGGUUAUUGCAGAUGUCUAGAAGAGCACAAAAAUAUUUUUAUUUAAAUUUUGAAAAUAAAAUGGCAGCGUAGCAGUGAGCGGUCUGAAAAUAAAUUUCGUUUUGAGGCACUCCGCAGCUAGCAGUAGAACUCGAGUAAUUUUUAUUCGAUUGACUUGAAAUUUUCAGAGUACCUGCUCAGAUAUAUGCUCUAUAGCAACACUAAGGAUUUAAAAAAAAUAUUGUUUUCAGUAACAUUGGCAGCAACGUGUAAAUAAACACGAAUUUUUGUCGAAGAAAUUAAAUUUAUUUGUUUCCAACAAAAGUAAUUUUUUAUCAAUCUUAAAAAUUUUAUGUGUUUCUAGAGAAUAUAUCUGAACAACUAGCCUGAGAAUUUCAAGUUAAUCGUAUAAAAAUUAUUCGAGUUCUACUGCUAGUCGCUGAGGGCCUCAAAAUGGAAUCGGUCUUCAGUCCGCACACUGUUGCGCUGUCAUUUUGUAUUCAAAAUAGAAAUAAAAAAUAUUUUUGAGUUCUUCAAGACAUUUGUAUUAACUCCUGAAAAUUUUAUUUUAAUCGAUUCAGUAGCAAAGUCACAAAAUAUUCACUAAAAUAAACCAUUAAUUUUUGCCCUUUUGGUAGACGUUACCCCUUAAUUAAAAUAUUAAAAAAAAAAUUAGAAAUGGUUGUCUUAUUUUGUUUUCAUUUUCGUUUGGAGUUUGAGUUGAUAAUAAUAAAAAAAAAGUUUUCAAUUUAGAUAGAACGUGUAGGCUAUCCUCUCAAUCUGAGAUAAAUUUUUAAGGUAUUAAAUAUUUAAAUCAGUCUUUAAUAGCUGUUUCAUAUUCUACAAAGCCUUGUUUUGAAAUGUCAAUUUUUUGAAGCUACAAUUAAUGAAAAAGAUACGAGUUAGAUUACAACUAAGUUAAAAUGCAAGUCAGAUGUAUUUUAAAAUAAUUAAAAUUUUCUUAGUCUUAUUUUAAAAAUUAUUAAAUAAAUGCAAUAAAGAAUAGACUUAUCAUCUAAAACUAAAUUAAAUCAAUUAUCAAUUUAUCUGUUUUUUGAAUACUCCACUUUUUUGGAUUUAGAAGUUUUUAUCCGAUUUAUAAUUACUUUGCAAAAUUAGAAGUUAUUUUCAGUAAAAUUUUAUCUUUAAAAAUAUCAAGAAGUAAAAUAAAUGCGAAUUCCUGAGUCUUUGAAAAAGCAUUCUGUUUUUUCUCCAUAUCUUAAAAUCAUGUACAUAACUCCUUAAUCCAAUUUUUACUACCUUAAAACAUAAUUUGCACAAAGAUUUUUAUUUUACACUCUCGAAAAAAACACUUCUAAAUUUAAACAAUUACUAGAUGUAAAUAUAUUAAAAAAGAUAAUGUGUAUUAUAUACAAUAAAGUAUUCGAAAAGAAGACAUUCUUUGAAAAUAUUGACAAUAAAAUGUUUACCUUAAAAAAACAAGUACUUCUCUGAAUUAGAUUUAACAAAAAAUAGUAAAAAAUAUUCAUAUUGACAUUCUGAAAUUAAAAGAAAAAGAAAAAUGAGUCAUUUACCUUUUAAGAAGAAAAAGAAUAUUGGUGUUAACUCUAAAAUUAGAGAGAGAGAGACGGAUAAUAAAAAAAACUUCAAGAAUGAAGGAAAUCUUGUAAAUUUAUACACGUGACGCUCAUAAAAUAGGCUGGCAGAUUGCAAUUAUUUUCUAUUGAUAGUAAAUAAUUAGAAAAUAUUGAAGAAAAAAAUGUGAAACUUUAAGAAAAAUAAGGACAAUAAAAUAUAUUAUCUCAAGUUUCCUCAAAACUAAAUUGUCAAAUUUUCAAAAAAAGAGAAAAUAAAUAUUAAAUAAAUUUUAUCUCUGUAAUUAAAAGAUUUACUCAAAAAUUAAUAUCAUAAUUAAAUUAAAAAAGAAAAAUGAUAUCAAAAUACUCUAAGGACAAUAAUGGCACAAAGAAAGAAAUGUGAGAAAAUAUCAAAGAAUUUAUAUUACACGUACAUUAUGAAGAAUUUUAUUACUAAAACAUUAAUUUAACAAAGAUUCUCGAAAGAUCAAUAUCAAGUUAAAUAACGCAAUAUCGAAAUACCUGGGUCAAACUGAGCUGAACCAUAUCAGAAAUCUGCAGAAAGAGAAAAAUCCCACAAUUUUAAUUUAAGCACUGUUUAUCUAAUUUUCUGUUAAGACCGAACUUUGUAACCGAUUCGGUCAAGUAUUAGUUAAAACGUUUUUAUUUUGUUACCAACAUUAUCAGUUAAAUUGAUACAUUUUGUACUAAAUACAUUUAGUGUUAAUGAGGAACUUUUAUCCUGAGGAAAAUCUAACGAAAUUUAUUCAAAUUUCUUGAUAUAAAAUUUACUCUGUACUUCUUGUAAUUAACACUAUCGGAUAUGUCCGGAUGUUUUCUCCACAUUGAGAACAACACAGAUCUGGAUUUUUCAAAUAAAAUGUUUUCGUGAAGAAA